AUGAUUGAAAUUCCGUCUUAUCUACUCAAGUUGCGUUACGGGGCCGUUGCACAGCGGACACUUCAACGGAUACGCUCAGCUGAACAACCAAAGUCUAAGGAUGACAUUCGCGAUGCCAUGGUAAGCCAACUUUCCACUAUUGGGAUAAUUGGGUCAAAUCCAGUCAUGUUUAGCAAGAAUGAAGACUAUAUCGAUAAACUGGUGGAAAUCUUCAAAAACAAGGGAUCUGCAAAAGCAAGUGCAAUGGUCACAGAUGAAUUUGUCAACGACGAGACCGAAACAGAUGAGAUCGUGACAGAAUUAGACGAUAGCAGUGCUGGCAAACCUCCUUCUGCUGCGUUAAAAGUUGAACCUCUGGAUAGUUUAGCUCCUUCUACUGACUACCAAUCUCUCCCAUCUCGGUGGAUUACUCCAAAGGAAUGCCAGUUUGAACUUUCGCUAGACGGUUUAGAGAUAUCGACCAAGAACCCCACUAAAUCCAUGUCCUCCACUUCCUCGAUAACAGUCAAUCUUCCUCAUCACGCUCGUUCCAACAUCUACUCGACAAAAGCAGACUCUAGCGUGCACGAAACGAUAGGCAUAUACUAUUAUGAAGUGGAGAUUCUUUUUGGCCUAAACUCGGGGUCGGAGAUAACAAUAGGUUACAUGGACGGAGAUCAACCAGAGGAAAUUAUCAGUUCUUUGAGGGGCCACGACGAGAACGCGUGGGGAUACAAAGGCAAAGACGGGAAGCUGAUAAGCUUUGAGGAGUGCAGAUCCAGCGUUCGGACGUCGUGCAAGUUUGGCAAUAAAGAUGUCGUUGGGUGUGGAGUGAAUUUUGUCAAUCGUUCGAUAUUUAUCACCAAAAAUGGUGUAUUCCUUGGUGAAGCCUUUUCCUUGCCAUCGAACAUCAAACGGGUUGUGCCAGUAGUGAGUCUGGGGUCAUGGAACUCGAUCUCAACCAACUUUGGCCAUACUAAAAGCUUCAGAUUCAGUAUUGACAACUAUGUCGACUCAUUCAAAUUACGGUUUUUAAAGACAAUCAAUAACUUUAAAAUACCCUUGGUGGCACUAGACAAUGGCACAGAAAUUAGGGACUCCAGCGAUCUCAAGACCUCGCUCAACCAGAUGAUCAAAAAAUAUUUCGAUCACAGAGGAUAUGCAAGUGCGCUCAAGUCUUUUGAGAAGGAUCUGAAUCAUGAGGGCAGUACAGAAACUCCAUACAUUCUAAGACGCGAGAGUCACAUCAAGAAACAGCUCAAGGAACUUAUUUCAAGCAAUGAAAUCGAUUUAGCCACAGAGCUAGUUGAUUCAAAUUUCCCUGGUCUGCUUAAAGACAAUACAGAUAUACAGUUUAAGCUAGACUGUCUUAAGCUGGUGAACAUGGUGGGUCACGACAGUGAAGAACAGUUUAUUAAACUUGCUAAACAUAUGAAAUCAACUUACACUUCGGAGCAAAAUCAAAGAAUUCUAGACGAUCUUCUGGGGUUGCUUGCAUACGAUGACCCGACUGCCACUGUGCUGUACAAAUCAUUUGUGAACUUUGAACGGGCUAGAGUAGUGCACAAGCUUUGCAUGUUGAUAAAUCUGAAAAGUGGCAUUUCAGCAUUAUCCAAUUUUGAGCAGCUUAUUCACGCCGCAGACUCCAUGGUUGUCGAGAGCAAUGAUCCUAACACGGCACUGAUAGACGUUGUGAAUGAUUUUGUUCAAAUAUGA